CCCAUAAUGCACCGGCAGUCCGCGGGAAACCAAAAUGGCGAAGGGCUGUAUUGAAGUGGGCUGUGUUUGAGGCUGGUAUACGAACGCCCACUGUACACCAACCCUAGUCCCCAGGACCUCGGUUUGUGCGUGCGUCUGUGCGGGGUCCCCGGUGGGGCGGGUGCCCAGUAAGUGCUCGGACUCGCGGGGGAAGCGCCCAGGGGGACGUGAUUGGUUGUUUUUUCCUGUAUGAAGCGGUUGGCACCACUGAAGUGACCGAAUGAGUGCUAAAAAUGGUCUAAAGUAUUUGAAUUAAGAAUGCACCUGUUUCCUGAUACUGCAUAUUCAGACUCUACAGGGGCAGGUAAUUCACUGGUCCACAAGCGGUCUCCUUUACGCCGAAACCAAAAGGCCCCAACAUCCUUGACCAAGCUGUCUUUACAGGAUGGACAUAAAGCCAAAAAGCCAGCAUGUAAAUUUGAAGAAGGUCAGGAUGUCCUAGCUAGAUGGUCAGAUGGCUUGUUUUAUCUUGGAACUAUCAAAAAGAUAAACAUAUUGAAACAGAGCUGUUUCAUCAUAUUUGAAGAUAGUUCUAAAUCCUGGGUUCUCUGGAAGGACAUUCAAACAGGAGCCACUGGAAGUGGGGAAAUGGUCUGUACAAUAUGUCAAGAAGAAUAUUCAGAAGCUCCCAAUGAAAUGGUUAUAUGUGAUAAGUGUGGCCAAGGAUAUCAUCAAUUGUGUCACACACCUCAUAUUGAUUCCAGUGUGAUUGAUUCAGAUGAAAAAUGGCUCUGUCGACAGUGUGUUUUUGCAACAACAACAAAGAGGGGUGGUGCACUUAAGAAAGGACCAAAUGCCAAAGCAUUGCAAGUCAUGAAGCAAACAUUACCCUAUAGUGUGGCAGACCUCGAAUGGGAUGCAGGUCAUAAAACCAAUGUUCAGCAAUGUUACUGCUAUUGUGGAGGCCCUGGAGACUGGUAUUUAAAGAUGCUGCAGUGCUGCAAAUGUAAGCAGUGGUUUCAUGAGGCUUGUGUACAAUGCCUUCAAAAGCCAAUGCUAUUUGGAGACAGGUUUUAUACAUUUAUUUGCUCUGUCUGCAGUUCUGGACCAGAAUACCUCAAACGUCUACCAUUACAGUGGGUAGAUAUAGCACACCUAUGCCUUUACAACCUAAGUGUUAUUCACAAGAAGAAAUACUUUGAUUCUGAACUUGAGCUUAUGACAUACAUUAAUGAAAACUGGGAUAGAUUACACCCUGGAGAGCUGGCAGACACACCGAAAUCUGAAAGAUAUGAGCAUGUUCUGGAGGCAUUAAAUGAUUACAAGACCAUGUUUAUGUCUGGGAAAGAAAUAAAGAAGAAGAAGCAUUUGUUUGGGUUGCGAAUUCGUGUUCCUCCUGUGCCACCAAAUGUGGCUUUCAAAGCAGAGAAAGAACCUGAAGGAACAUCCCAUGAAUUUAAAAUUAAAGGCAGAAAGGCAUCCAAACCUAUAUCUGAUUCAAGGGAAGUAAGCAAUGGCAUAGAAAAAAAAGGAAAGAAAAAAUCUGUGGGUCGUCCACCUGGUCCAUAUACAAGAAAAAUGAUUCAAAAAACUGCUGAGCCACCUUUGGAUAAGGAAUCAGUUUCAGAGAACCCUACCUUGGAUUUACCUUGUUCUAUAGGGAGAACUGAGGGAACUGCACAUUCAUCCAAUACCUCAGAUGUGGAUUUCACGGGUGCUUCCACUGCAAAAGAAACUACCUCGUCUAGCAUUUCCAGGCAUUAUGGAUUACCUGACUCCAGAAAAAGAACUCGUACAGGAAGAUCUUGGCCUGCUGCAAUACCACAUUUGCGGAGGAGAAGAGGUCGUCUUCCAAGAAGAGCACUCCAGACUCAGAAUUCAGAAAUUGUAAAAGAUGAUGAAGGCAAAGAAGAUUAUCAAUUUGAUGAACUCAACACAGAGAUUCUGAAUAACUUAGCAGAUCAAGAGUUACAGCUCAAUCAUCUAAAAAACUCCAUUACCAGUUAUUUUGGUGCUGCAGGUAGAAUAGCAUGUGGUGAAAAAUACCGAGUUUUAGCUCGUCGGGUGACACUUGAUGGAAAGGUGCAGUAUCUUGUGGAAUGGGAAGGAGCGACUGCAUCCUGACUGUAGGACUGAACAUUAUGUUCACUGCACUCUCAUUUCUCUAGGUACAGUUCAGAGCCCUCAAGGAGUCUGGCUUUUAGUAUCUUUCUUAAAAAAAAAAAAAAAAAGUCAAAAAAAUUCACAAAAGGAGAUGAUACCAGCCUUAACAUGUACCUGUCAAUGUUAUGGAUUUUGUCAUAAAAAGAUAUCUUUUAAAAAUCAGAACAGAGACUUAAUUUUUUAAAUCUUAAGAUUUGUAGAAUGUUUCUAGGAUAGGAUAUUAAAAAUGAUUCAAACCCAUGCAUGGUGUUAGAUAAUGUUUCUGAAUAUUCCAUUGAGUCAGUUUUUGUGAUUAGUGGUUAUCAGAGCAAACACAUCAUGUAGAUAGCACAAGUAUUUGGAGAAACAUUGUCUGUUUUGUUACCAAAAUGUUGGAAAAAAAUUUAUUUCAAUACCUUUUAGAUUUCAUAAAGUGCAGUGUAUAUAAUGCCUACUGAAAGAUUGUAAAAUAUUGAAAAUUUCUUUCAAGCAAAGUGUAAAAAAUAUAUUGAGCCUGUAAAUUGCUCUGUGACUAGACUUCAUUGUCGUCUUAAUAUAUUCUUUGCAUGUACAUAUAUAUACACACAGCUGUGUAUAUAUAUGUGUGUGAUUAUGUGACCUAUGCAAUACAAAUUAUGGGAAUGGGCAGCUUUGGAGUAUAUAUCCCAUAAUUCUUUUUUCAGGAAUAGUUGCAGUAUUUACACAGCAGCAUUUCUUCUCAGGCUUAUAUUGGGUGCUGUUGCUUGCUAUGUAUGAAGAGAAAUGUGUCAAACAAGCUUAGUAUGUUCUGAUGAAGGGUGUGAACAACAGUGUUCAUGGGCUUUUAGAAUGCUUUUUCACUUUCAGUCCUUGUAACUCAGCUGUUCAGAACCUAAAACAAAUUCAAAUAAUACGAACAUUAUCUCCUACUAGAAGUAACGUUUUCAAGUUUUCAUGGCACAUGAUUGUAAAUGUCUCUCAGUUUUAACAGUAAGUCUCUAGGGGUCCCAUGAAGAUUCCUGAAAUGUCUGUAGUAAUUGUUAGUCAUAUUUGAAUAAGUGUAGUAUGAACAAAGUAUUUUAUUGCACAGGGUUAACAAACAGUAAGUUGCCAGCUGAGGCUACUGCUGUUUAUUACAACAUUACCUCUUGUUUUUAUAAAAUGUACCAAGAUUUAAAUUGAUAAUUUUAUUUUACGUGUAAAAAAAUUUUUCUUUUAUCACCAGUGUUAGAGUUGUCUUCUGUUUCUUUUUGUUUUGUUUGUUUUCUGUUUUAGCCAAAGAGUAAACAGAAGAGUAUUCUUAUUUUGGUGGCUGUUCAUUUUACUCUUAAAAGUAAUUGAUGGAUUUUAGCCUAAAAAUUGGGGUACUGCCACCAAAAUGAAAAAAUAUGUAAAGUGUAGUGAUUACAGAGUGGUAAAAAUGUGGGUUAGUACUUAUUUAUUCCAUUAAUUACUUAUUUGACUGUUUAUAAAGAAAGUUGAUUUAUUUCUUUAAACAUCUUCAAAAGAUGACCUUUUCUUAUCACAUUAUAGCCAAAAGAAGCAGAGAACUUCCUUGUCCUGCAUUUGGUUCCUGGUUCACCAGGUAUAAAUGAGCUUUACGAAAGUGCAAAUUAAAAACUGUCAUUUCUGUUUACCUCCACCAAAACUUGAUUUUUCCCCUAGCUAUUAAUUUAAAGUUGCCUUUCCUGCAGCUGCAAUAUUUUGAAUAACACACAGAGUUUGUGUUGAUUUUUGAAUGUUUGUUUAUAUCUAGGGGUAAUGGAAAAUGUAAAUCCCGUGUAAUCUUACUCAAUCCACCUGUAUCAUAUUAUUUCAUUUUCCCCAAAGUCCUUUAAUUCUAACUGAACACCAGCAGUAUUUUUAGUAACUCUUUCUUUAACAUACUUGGAAGAUGAUUUAUCAAGCUGAGCUGUCUUUAGACGUAAUUAUUGUGAAUGUCUGUCUCAUUUUAUCAUGGUGGUUCACAUGGCUCUGAUGUUCAGUUUGUAUUUUUGGAAUUGCUUUACUUAGAAUUAAAACAGACUGACAUUAAAUGUGUGUAUUUUUUAAAGAGCUAAUGAGUUUUGCUUCUGUAUUUGCUUGAAAAUACACACUGUUGCAGUAAUUGACUGCUUUUAGCCAGGGAGGUAAGGAUUUCCCAACUCAACUGCUAAUGUUCGCUUAUAAUUAAUCUUUAGAAAACUCGGAUUUCAUUUUCCUCUUCUCCCCCAAAUUAUUAAUAAUUAUUGCAUGUUCAUCUUAAAUGGUCCUUAAAAAAACAAAGCAAAACAAAACUGCAUUUAGCCAGCUUGCAAGCUUCACAUUUGAAGGACAGUGUAUCUCCUUCUGUUUACCAUGUUCCCAAACUUAAAAGAAAAUUCAGACUUAGCUUUCUAGCUGUUUUCAUUUUUACUUACAUAGAAGUAUAUAUGCCAAAAGAUGUCGGGGUUCACAUAAAAAGAUUUCUUAUUUUUCUUAAUCAGAUUUGCCCCUUGGCUACAGAAAGAGAUUUAAAAAUAAUAUACCUUAUUCAUUUUUAUUAUUUAUUUUUUAUAAAUGUUAUUAUUUUUAUUUAUUUAUGAAUACUCUGGUACUGAAUGAUAAAUACGGAUUCUUAGAUCUUUAGCUGACCAAACUAGAUCAGAAUAUGAGCUGUCAGAGUUAUAAAUUGUAAUGCAGGGGUGAUGAAAUCAGCUAGGUAUAUAUUUUGUUACCACUUGUUUAACAGAAGUGACUUUUCACUGGAUGUCUAAGAGUUAAGAAUCCCGCUCCCCCCGUUUUUGCAAGGAAUGUCCAAAGUAUACAUUUGGUUUUUAUCAUGUAUAUAUUUGGCAGAGUUCUCUUACUGCUCUUGGGAGUAGAACUAAUUCUUGGUUUUGGGCUACCUUUAUUGAGUUUCUACUAUCUGACUUGCAUAGUUUUAAGAGAAUGUUUUAUAAUUUGGUUUUAGAGUUGUUUGAAUGAGGAUGUGAUGGCGAAGGAAGAUGCCCAUGCAACUUUGGGAAAUAGUAAAAAAUGCCCUGUUUGUUUGGGGAAUUUUUCCUCUUAAAUUAUAUUGGAGUACCUCUAUGAAUGCAUGCUCCCAAAAGCCUCUAUUGGUUUUUUUCUAUGGCAGUUGAUCAGUCAUGUUCUUUCUUCAGGAAAAUAAAAACUUGACAAAUAUAAAGUGAUAACUUAUCUGAUCAUUGAUGCUUUCCUGAUUGGUAGCAGUUAAGAAACCAGGUACCUGUCUGAUAUUUAUUUGGAGAUGGGAGAAGCUGUGAAAGCAAACUGAUUGGCUCUCUGGAUAACAGGUAGAAUGGGAACAGAUACAUUGUUUGUAACUUUUAAGUUAUAAUUUCAAAAUGUCUUAGAGUAAUAGGUAGACCAAAAUUUUAUGUCGUGUUUAUAUUUAAAAUUAGAAUAAGAUUGCAAAUUAACCACCUCUUUUUUUUCCUCUCCCUUUACUUCAUCUCUACCCAACAAAAUCCCUCCUUGCUACCUCUCCAUGCAUUUUCCUCUUUGUUGGAGAUGAUGAAUAUAGAAACUGGAUGCAUAAGCAUCUUUAGGAAAUGUAAUAUCUCAUUCAAGAGAUUUCCACUGGAUUUAAGCAGGCACACAAAUGAACAAAACCUUCAUAGAUGACAAGGAGCACUGUGUUUGUACUUGUUGAAUGAAACAAAAAUAUAUCUUGUCCAAAAUCUUUAGCCUGCUGUUUCUGUUUCUUGUAUUUUCUAAAAUGUGUUCAAUGCCCUUUUUUUUUUUUUCAUCCCAUAAUAUGCAUUCUCAAUGGGACUGACAUCUCCUCUAAACAGUCAAAUAUUUGUAGGGGGCAAAAUAUCUUAGAUAUUACAGUGGUUUGUGACCCUCCAAGGCUCAACACUACUAGAUAAAGAUCUUAUUUUUUAGUAAUUACUUAUUUUUAUUGUGUUUUCUUGGAUAUCACAGUAGCAGCAUUGACAUUGAGUUCAUGGAAGAUACAAAAAACGUGUGCAAGAUCAGUGCUACAAAAGGAUGGUGAACAUAUAGCAAUGACGGGAGAUCUGCACGUGACUAUUGGCUGCCCUUAUGGAUAUUGUUUAUGUUUGAUCUUCAGUGUUUUGUGUAUGACUUGGGUUUUGAGAAUUAAUCAAAGCUACUUUAUUUUUUUUUUUUCACUUUAUAUUAUUUAAUUCUACGAAAGUUAUUUAACCCGUAAUUGCCUAGUGGUAAAAAGAAAUGUUGACGAUAUCUGGAUAUCUAGCAGCUAGUUAAAAGUAGUUUUCUCAUAUCAAGCAAGUUAAAAAUAAGUUCACCAAAAAUAAUUUUUCAGAAAUUAAUUUUCUCAAAUGUUUUACUUUUGCUGGAAAAAUAAUUUUUUAAAGUUUUGGUUUACAUUGCUGUUCUUAAGUAUUUAUAUAAAUUGCUGAUUUCAUGUGCAAUUUGAUACAUUAUAGUUUAUAUUAGUAAAUUAAUUACAUUAAGUUAUUUAAAUGCAGUUACAAACAAGUUAAAUAUUAAUAGCAGUAUCAAUAUUUGUAAUAUAUACUUAAAUAUAUAUAUACUUAGUGAUAGAUUAUAUUUAGUAUGAUUUUAAUCAAUAAUUGACUUUUUAAAUAUUUUGUCCUUAAUACUAUUAGCGAAAUGUAAGAUAAUUUUUCUUACAAAGAAUUUGAGACAAUAACAAGCAGAUAAAAGAUUUUGUGAGAAUUUGGAUCCCUUUUGAAAAUACGUUAAGCCUAUUUAGAUAGUCAUGAAGGUAAAUUUUUCUUCCUGACCUGGAAGUUCAAGGAGGUGAAGCUUGAUGCAAAGGAUCUUGGGAGGGAAUACCAGAUGGCUCAUCGAAGACUUAGGGGAGCAUAGUUUCUAUUCCUGUACCCUUUGUCACCAGAUCCCUUUCAGUAUCCUAGAGCAUACUCUAGAUUAGGCCUACUAAGUUUUUGUUGGUGGUGUUUUCCAUAUUAUAAUCUUGCUUAGCUUCUGGGGGUGCAAAUGGUUAACAUGCUCCCUGAGAGGAUGGAGGUUUGAUUCCACCCAGGGUUGACAUGGAAAAAUGGCCUGAUGAUUUACUUCUGAAAAAUCAGCCAUCGAACCCUUAUGGGGCACAAUUCUACUGUGACACAUAUGGGGUCUCAAUGAGUCAGAAUCAACUUGAUGGCAACUAGGGGGGGAAAUCUUGCUUAAUCUUAGUCCCUCUGUUUUAUUUUUACCUCCAGAUAUGAAUUUUCCAGUGAAGAAUUAUGUCAUUAGAACCUACUCUUUUAAGAAAAAAAAUUUUUAUUGUGAUAAAAAUACAUAUAUAACAAAACAAUUGCCAAUUCAACAUUUUUUGCACGUACAACUCAGUAACAUGGGUUAUUGUAGUUAUCUAGUGCAGCUAUAGCAGAAAUACCACAAGCGUAUGGCUUUGACAAAUUUAUUUUCUCCCUUUUUAAGAGGCUUGUUAGGUGCCGUCGAGUUGGUUUCAACUUAUAGCGACCGUACGUACAACAAAACAAAACACUGCCCAGUCCUUCGUCAUCCUCACAAUGGUCGCAAUGUUCGAACCCAUUGUUGCAGUCACUGUGUCACUCCAUCUUGUUGAGGGUCUUCCUCUUUUUCGCUGACCCUCUUCCUUACCAAGCGUGAUGUCCUCCAUGGCCUGGUCCCUCCUGAUAAUGUGUCCAAAGUAUGUGAGAUGAAAUCUCACCAUUCUUGCUUUCAAGGAGCACUGUGGCUGUACUUCUUCCAAGACAGACUUGUUCAUUCUUUUGGUAGUCCAUUCAGUAUUCUUCACCAACAUCAUAAUUCAAAGGCAUCAGUUCUUUGGUCUUCCUUAUUCAUUGUCUAGCUUUUGCUUUCAAUGACGUGAUUGAAAAUACCAUGGCUUGGGUCAGGCACACCUUAGUUCUCAAAGUGACGUCUUUUUUUUCAACACUUUAAAGAGGUCUUGAGCAGCAGAUUUGCCCAGUGCAAUACAUCAUUUGGUUUCUUAACUCCUGGUUCGAUGAGCGUUGAUUGUGCAUCCAAAUAAAAUGAAAUCCUUGACGUCUUUAAUCUUUUCUCCAUUUAUCAUGAUGUUACUUAGGUUCAGGUGUGACGAUUUUUUAUGUUGAGGUGUAAUCCAUACUGAAGGCUAUAGUCUUUGAUUUUCAUCAGUUAGUGCUUCAAGUCCUCUUCACUUUCAGCAAGCAAGGUUAUGUUAUCUGCAUACCACAGGUUGUUAGUGAGGCUUCCUCCAAUCCUGAUGCCUCAUUCUUCUUCAUGUAGUCCAGCCUCUCAGAUUGUUUGCUCAGCAAACAGAUUGAAUAAGUAUGAUAAAGUAUACAGCCCUGAUGCACACUUUUCCAGACUUUAAACUGCGCAGUGUCCCCAUGUUCUUUUUGAAUGACUGUUUCUUGGUCUAUGUACAUGUUCUACAUCAGCACAAGUAAGUGUUCUAGGAUUCCCAUUCUGUCCAGGAGGCUAAAUGUUCUAGUCCAAGAUGUUGGCUGUAGCAGAAGACUUUCGCUCUCUGUUGGCUGUGGAGGAAGGUCCUUGUCUCUUCUGAGCUCCUGCACCUGGGUGAUCUUCAUGUGGCUUAGUAUCUCUCUUUCCCCAUCUCUGCUGCUUUUGCUUGCUUGUUCAAUCUCUUUUAUACAAAACAGAUUGAUUUAAGACACACCCUACACCAAUCCUGUCUCAUUAACAUAACUAAAACAACCCAUUCCCUAGAGCUUGUAACCACAGGUAUAGAAGUUAGGAGUUACACAAUUAAAUUCAUAGCAGUUACGUUCAUCACGUUGUUAAACCAUCGCCACUAUCGGUUUCCAAAUAGUUCUACCACUGUUAACAAGCAACUCAGUGCAGCCUAAACUAAGACGUCUUCUUUUCCCUCUUCCUUCCAACCCUACUAGUCAUUAAUAAACUUUGGUCUUUGUACCUGUACCUACUUUAUAUAAGUGGAAUCGUACAACAUUUGUCCUUUUGUGACUGACUUAUUUCAGUCAGCAUAAAAUUCAUCCAUGUUGCGUGUAUCAGGAUUUUUUUUCUUUUUAUGACAGAGUAAAAAUUUUACGUAUCACAUUUUGUUUAUCCAUUCAUCUGUUUCCAUCUUUUUGCUGUUGCAAAUAGUCUGCAAAGAAUAUUGGUGUGAGUGUCUGCCUUCCUGCUUUCAAUUUCUUUUGAGUAUAUAGCUAGGAUUGGGAUUGCUGGGUCAUGAUAGUUUUGUGUUUAACUUUUUGAGGAACUGCCAGACUUUUCCACAGCAGUUAUCCUAUUUUGCAUUCCCAUCAGCAAUAAGUCAGAGUUCCAGUUUCCCCACAUCAUAGCCAACAUUUUUUUUUUCCUUUUGAUCAUAGCUAUUCUACUGGGGGUGAAGUGCUUUCUCAUUGUGGUUUUGAUUUUCAUCUCCUUCAUGCUUAGUGGCCCUGAUGAUACAGUGGUUAAGGAUUUGGCUGCUAACCAAAAUGUCAGUAGUUUGAAUCCACCAGCUGCUCCUUGGAAAGCUUGUGGGGCGGUUCUGCUCUGUACUGUGGGGUUGCUGUGAGUUGGAAUCGACUUGAUGGCAACGGAUUUGGUUUUUUUUUUCAAUACCUAGUGAUGGAAAGCAUGUUUUCGUGUGCUUGUUGGUUAUUUGUAUAUCCUUUUUGGUGAAAUGUCUAUUCAAGUCCUUUGCCCUUUUUUCUUUUUUUUACUGUGUUGUUUGUGUUGUUAAGUUGUGCAAGUUCUUUAUAUAUUUGGAUGUCAAACCCUUACGGAUAUAUGGUUCCCCAAAUUUUUCCCAAUUCUUUGAUACACAAACGUUGAUUAAGUCCAGUUUAUCUGUUUGGUCUUUUUCUGGUUAUGCAUUUGGUGUCAUAUCUUAGAAUCCAUUUUUAGAAACUAGGUUCCGAAACAUUGUACACGUUUUCUUCUAAGAGUUUUAUGGUUUUAAUUUUCACAUUUAGGUCUUUAUUCCAUUUUGAGUUGAUUUUUUUAAUACUAAUUUUUAUAUAUUUUUUGGUGUGAGGUAUGGGUCUAGCUUCAUUCUUUUGCAUGUGGAAGUCCAGUUGUACCAGCACCAUUUAUUUAAGAGACUCUUUUUUUCCCCCAUUGAAUGGACUUAGCACCCUUAUUGAAAAUCAGAUGUAUGGGCUUAUUUCUAGAUUUUCAAUUCUAUUCCAUUGGUCUAUACGUCUGCCAUUAUACCAGUUCCAGGCUAUUCUGGUUAAUGUAGUUUUAUAGUACUUUUUCUGCAGCUGAUCAUGGGGAUGGUGCAGGACCCGGCAGCAUUUCCUUCAGUUGUGCAUUGUUUCACCUUGAAUCGGGGCAACUUGAUGGCAACUUGAUGGCAGCUAACAAAACUCAGAAACCAGUUGCUGUCUGGUCAGUUCUGAUUUAUGGCUACCACACAUGUUUCAGAGUAGAAUUGCACUCCAUAGGAUUUUGGAAGCAGAUCCUCAGACUUGUCUUUCAAGGUGCCUCUGCGUGGGUUCAAACCACCAACCUGUUGGCUAGUAGUCAAGUGCUCCAUUGUUUAUACCACUUAUGGACUCUGGGCUUUUGGCUAGUAGCCAAGCUCUUUAACCACUGCUCAACCAGGGCUCCUCAAAGGCACUACUUGGGGGGAUAUAUGAAAUAGAUAGAAUCCCCCCUCCCUUAGUGUUCUCUUUGCUGAGAAGGUAAGAAUGUACAUGUUAAAUUAUUAAACGGGCCAGAGCAGCAAUAGGUUUUAAAAAUGGGAAAGGAGAAAUUUCUUUUGCUUGGGGGCCUGUAGAGGACAUUGAGGGGAAAGGAAGAUUUAGGGAAGACUUCACGGUGGUGGGAUUUAAACUGGAACAUGAAGGGACUUGCAGAGAAGGCAACACGUAAGGCAUUCCAGGGUGCAGGAAGAGCAAGGGAAAGCAUUAAGCAUGUACACAGAAAAGGGCGGUUCAUUUUGGUUAGCAUGUGGUAUGGAUGAGGCUGGAACUGUUCUUGAGUCUGAUGGGCCUGACUCCUGUGCUAAGAUGUGUUUUAAGAAUAUUAACUGGGCACUGGUAUGUAGGAUGAAUUAGAGAAAUACAUGAGGUGCAAAGAUGGGACUAACUAAAUGUAUCUUCCAGUGUUGGCAGAGCAGGUAGUUUUAAGGACUUGAGAAGCUAAAUUAUGCCAUUAAAAAGAAGAAAAGGAGCAGGCAUAUUCAAAGAACUGUAAGGUAGGAAGGGGGCUUGGAAUAAAAAGGUUGAUGUGUGGAAGUAAUAGAAGAAGCAGUUAAAGAAGCAGAGUAGAACCAGAUUAUGAAAAGUCUUGAAUAUGGACACUAAUUGUUAGUAGAUGGGGCUUCUGCCAGGCAUUUCCGAAAAGUUUAUGUGCUUUAUUUUUAAAAACUUAAAAGGUUGCUCUUCACCACUCUUUAAGCAGAGACCUAGAACACUUGUAUUUCUUCAUGGUAGUACUGUGGCGGGCAUGAUAAAUUUUUAAAUAAAAAAUUGAGAGUUUUUUUUUGUCUUACAUGCUACCGUGGUGUAGAAAUAAUAAUUAAAGCAGACUUAUGUUGAAGCAAAUCAUACCUGUGUUUAUAGUGGUAAAUCAUUGUGUUGUUUUAAAACUUACUUUGAAACAAGAGCCCUUGGAAGUGUUCCCAAGAAAAUACUUCCAGGUGGGUACCCUAUUGUGGAUUGAAAAGUCCACACUAUUCCAAAGUGGUGUUGCAUAAAAAGCAUGUUGAAAUAAAAAUGAAACCCGAAAAUAUUCUUUUAAGAAAUCUUAAAAAAAAAAAAAAAAGGUAACGUGCAA